UAUUGAAUCUUGGAGAUGAUGAAGAAGGUUGUUUUCAUAAUUGUAGCUCUGUUUUUAAUGGCGGGAAUCGUAUCCGGUGACAUUUCAAGUAAAAAAGUUUCACCGGCUCCGUCUCCGAUCAAGCAUUAUUCGUCUCCGCCGCAGUCAGAAGCAGAAAUGCCUCCGACGAUGCCUGAUGAUUACAUUUCUCCGUCGCCGACGUCUGAGGAAUCUCCAAAAGCCGGUGAGGUAAACAACACCGACGUUACCGGAACGGAAGGCGAUGAUAAAUCCUCCGGGGGAGGAAAGAAGGCCGGAAUCGCGGUUGGAGCGAUUGCGGCGGCGAGUAUGGUCGGCGUCGGAGGAUACGUGUUGAAGAAACGGCGAGAGAACAUACGACGUCGUUCACGAUAUGAAUACGCCGCCACUGAGAUCUUCUGAAAGUUAUUGAAACCGCCGUGGAUUUUUUUAGUAGCGUAAGCAACUGUAUGUGUUUCUUCUUUUUUUUUUUUUUUUUUUUUUUGUUAUUUAAGCAUUGAAACUGUUUAUAAAGUCAGAGUUAUACACAAGGUAAAAAAAAUAACGGAAAAAUCUGAAACAAAAGUCAUUAAACCUCAUUUUCCAUGGCGAAAUCUUUCCAAUAUAUUGGCCCAAAACUUUAGAUUUGUUGUUUCCGUUUCGUAAUGCCAUCAUACAUUUUAAUUUGUA